AUGAAUAGUACAAAAAAUUCUCAAAAUACAUUGUCAAAACUACUAACAGAUAUUAAAACUUCGAGACAACGGCCUAGAACAGCAGGAUCGUGCUUUCAAUCCACUUUUACAAAUUUUAAUUCUGAAAACAGCAUCUACUCGGUCGAUCAAGAUUAUGAUCAAGAUGAAGAGGAUCAAGUAAUACAAUUACAAGAAGUCGAUGAAAGUUAUGCCGGCUAUAGAAAUCAUCCACUUAGAAAAAGUCAAUCCUUUGGUGAUCAAAAGAAAGAAUUACAAUUACAUUUCGAUCGAAAACGAGGUAGACGUGUUAUGACCAUCGAUGUUAAUGAUGCUGGUCUACCUGUAUCCACAUUUCACAAUAAAAGAACCAGCGUUGGUUCAAGCUCGAGCACUACACCAAUUGAUCGAAGGCCUUCUCCUGCAGCAGUAUUAAUGACUCCAUUGCCUAAAUUUGAUGAAACAACUCAGAAACGUUUUAAUUUUGGAGAUCGUGCUAAUAAUAGUACCGAUUCGCUAUCUAUGACAAAACGUGGAAGAGUAUCAUUGACCGAAUCAUCUAGAAAGGAUCAAAAUAAAUCAAAUAGACGAAUAUCACACACUACAGCCGGAGAAGACAAGAAGAAUUCCUCGAGAAGAAAAAUUUCUUCCUAUACAAAUGGAACGAAUAUUAGUGAUAGGUAUUUACGUAGCUUAGCUACUUGGGCUGAUAAAGUGGAAGCUGCAGACAAGAAAGAGGAUCCUAACGGUUGCAAAAAUGCCGAUGAAAUUGAAACACGCUUAAACCCGGUACGCGUAAAAUUUAUCAAACUAUGUCGUAUCGUGAGAUUGUUCAUUCGUGUCUGUACAGGCAUGAAAGAAUAUGCAUUUAAGAAUAAUAGUUCAUCGUUUAUUGACCUUAACUAUUAUACUGUGGACAAUGGUAAUAGAAGAUCAAAAUCAUUAGCCUUUAGUAAAAAAGAAUAUGCUCGGUCUCGAACUAUGCAUAUGCCUCAAUGGGCAAGAAGUGUAUUGUGGUCAGCACCCGAAUCACGUUCACAUACAGAUCUAUUAAAUUUAAGAAAUUUAUUUCGAGGUCUUGGCUGUUUCGAUCGAUUUCCUAAUCAUGUGCAAAUGGAAUUGGUACGCCACUUUGAAUUUUGCAGAUAUGAAGAAGGGCGAGUCGUUCUGAGACAAGGCCACGAGGGAUUCUGCUUUUAUAUGAUAUUUCAUGGCUCCUUAUCAGUAUCCAUUGAAGAACCAGAUUCGAAAGGAAAAACUUAUAGUAGAAUGGAGAAUAUUCUCACCUCUGGUGUUUCUUUUGGGGAACUUGCAUUGAUAUCGAAAACCAAACGACGAACCGCUACUGUAAAAGCAAGAGAAAACGUAGAACUACUCUCCAUCGACGAUAGAAUCUUUCAAAAGUAUUGCGCUGAUGAAUUUUUACGCGAACAUGAGGCUAAGAUCGAAAAGACAAGGUUGUUUAAGAUAUUUAAUGAUUGGUCUGAUGAAUUAUUAAGCGAAAUAUGCUUUGAAGCACAAUUGCGCGAGUACAAACAUGGAAAAAUCAUUGAUUGCAAUACGACAUCAUCGUUAUCAAUUAACUUUCUUAUGGAGGGGAAAUGUGAUUGCCUAAGAGAAGUUGAUUUAAAUAAAGUUCCCAAAGAAGUUAAAAAACCUUGUAUCCAGCCAGGGCAGCGUCUCAACACCCCACUUUCGGCAUCAGUGAAAACAGGAACAAAAUCUCACUUGAACUCUAAAGUCUUACUUUAUGUUGGGAGUUUAAAACGUGGCGAUGCAUGUGAUUUAUUGACGUUAUCUGACGAAAAUGCCCCUGGAUUUACAUUAGUCAGUGCCGGUGCAAAAAUAUUACGAAUAUCAAAGAAAAGGCUAAAACUUAUGGCACCUUCAGGGUGGUUGAAUAUCAUUAAAUUGGAAUCCAAGAAUCCUAUCAUGUUGACUAGCAAUGAAGAACUAUGUCGACGCUACACUGAAUUUGAAAACUGGCAAGGAUUUAAAUCGAUGACUCUCAAUGAAACAUUGCUUAAAAUCAAAGGUCAUGAUUUAGCACAAAUGCCAGCGACAAAGAAAGGAUCAUCUGGGUGGGCGAAAUGGCCUGGCCAAGCCGAUAGUAUCAAUAGGCAGAGGGAAACAUCAGAUCGAUUAUCGACACCAGCUCCUGGACCUUCCUCUCUCUUUUUAAGCUUUACUUCUUCCAAUUCUACAAAAAUACAUCACACCACAACUAAGGAACAACCUUUGGACGAUGCUAUUCCCAGGGAGAGUAGUUCUACUUUACAACGGUUUAGACAACGAGUUCAAGAUUUGCGCCAGGGGCUAGCAACACCAACUAGUGAUAGUGGAGUCAAUAGUAACGAAAAUAAUGGUAAUGAUUUAGAACCUAUUCGUCGAUCUCGAACGUCAUCGAAUAGUUUAAUUAACGACAAAAUUAGGCAAAAAUUUCUACGCCCGCAAAUUAUCGUUGGUGAUGAAGAUAGUGCUAGCAUAAGUAGCUAUAAUGCUGAUGAUAAUGGCAUCCGACCUUAUUUAAGAAGGCGCCAACGAGGCAUGAGAUCAGAUAACGUAGCGUAUGGGUAUGAUGAUGCGGAAGACGAUGUAAUAGCUGAUGAUAUCACUAAAACAAAUGUUAGAUUGUCAAAAAUUCAGGGUAGUUUAGGAUCUAUUUACCAAAAUCGAAAUACAAGUAGCGCUUCUAAAGCCUUAUAUGACAAAAUUUCCAGCGAAGUAUAUAGUAUUUAA